CAAUGACAGGGUAGCAUUUCAUAUAAUUUAUUCUCUUGUGUUUAAGAUAUGGCGUAUAAAAUAACGUAGUGUUGAAAAAGAGGUCAAUCUAUCUCCAUCUCAAAGCCAAACCCAAAAAUUGUAAAUGUCUUCAUUUUUCUUGUUAGUUUUUCUGAUCAUUCAAACAUGGCCAAUGAAGCUAGAAGCCCAAAAAAACAUAUUUAUAUUAGCAGGACAAAGCAACAUGGCUGGAAGAGGAGGAGUAGUAAACGACACGACAACCGGUGUCACAACCUGGGACGGUGUUGUUCCACUUCAAUGUCAACCAAAUCCAUCAAUUAUGAAGCUCAAUGCAAAUCUUAAAUGGGUUGAAGCACAUGAACCUCUUCAUGAAGACAUAGAUACGCUAAAGACAAAUGGGGUUGGACCAGGUAUGGCAUUUGCGAAACAUGUGCUGGAAAAAAACUCGGGACUUGGUUUGGUGGGGUUGGUCCCAUGUGCAAUUGGUGGCACCAAUAUAAGUGAAUGGGAAAGGGGUAAAGUGCUUUAUAACCACAUGAUGAAGAGGGUUAAAGCAUCGUUGCGUGAUGAUGGUAAUAUUAGAGCACUUCUUUGGUUUCAAGGGGAGACUGAUACGGUGAUCCUGAGUAGUUGGUGGUGGCUCAAUGUCGUGUCCAGGGCUCUGAUACGUGGGAUGGGAACUAUUAUUUAUUUUAUUGUUGUUUUCCUUCCAUGUAUCAAAUUUUGGAAUUAUGAUGUGGAGCCGUUUAUUGUCUCAUGAACAAUGUUGUUGACUUAUGGUGAUCCUGAGUAGUAGGUGGUGGCUCAAGUGUCUAGGGCUCUGAUACGUGGGAUGGGAUUUUAUUGUUUUAUUUCAUUCUAUGUAUCAAAUUUUGGUUAAUGAUGUUGUAGCCCUACGUUUGAUGAAUUAUUCUGGUUGAGGCUUAUAUGCCUAGAUAUUGUUUGGAGUUUUAAAUAGUUGUUGACGUUUCUAUGAUAAUAUUCCGCUGCAUAUCAAACGACGGUUUUUCUUGGAUAUUUUAUA